AUGCGGGGAUUGUUCUUUGGGCUGAGCAUAACAGCUCUUCUCCUAUCUCCUAGUUCCGCCCUACACUUUACACCCGACUCUGAGUGUGCUGCGUUGUGCUCGAGUGGUUCAAAUUCAACCGCAUCUUCCUUCAAAACAUCUGCGACAAACUCUUCCGAGAUUGUAUGUGAAGAUGGCGAAUAUUCUGACUCGGGGAACGGCAUCAGGUUCAAGAACUGUCUCAACUGUCUCCAGAAGAGUGAUGCUACGGGGGAGGAAGAAAGUGAUGUUUACUGGUUCCUCUACAACGUCCGAUACGCUUUCGACGUUUGCCUCUACUCUUACCCUGACGCGGUGGACUCGGGUACCAUCAACUCGCCAUGCAACAUCGAAAGUUCCUGUGGAUCUCUAGAGGAUGCCUUGACACUUUCUCUCAAAACAGAUACCGAUAACCAAUUCGAUUACUGUGAAGCCAAUGAUUCCAUCAUUAAGAGCUCUAGCUAUAAGGAGUGCCUUGGUUGCUUGCAAUCGACAUCGAAUCAAAAGUAUCUUGCAAACUUUCUGGUCGCUCUUAAGGCUGGCUGCAUCCAGGAGCCCGAGAAGGGUGAUAUCAUUGGCCUCAGUGGCACGAUUUUCUCUACCUCACUCAUCAACAUUACUGACCCCAAUACUAACAAGACUCUACCUGGCGAUGACGGUGCGCCUGUUGGCUCCAUGACCACGGGAACAAUCGUCGGUAUUGCUGUUGGUUGUGGGUUAGCAUUUGCUGGUGCAGUCUGGCUCCUCUUCAUCUACUGUCGCAGGAGCAGGAAGCGCCAGGGAGCUGGAAUUAAGAUCGAAUCACCGCCACCAGACGCCCCUAUGAAUGAUCGUUCCAUGUACGGCAUUCAAAAAUCUUCAUACUUUACAGACCAUCCAGGCCGUCCCCCAUCGACGAUGAGCAACGCUGCUCGAUUUGGAGCACACUCUCGGAACGCAUCUAACGUAGAGUAUUUCGAUGGUCUUGACAAUGGAAGAGGAAGCUCCGAGACACCUGUCACCUACCACUAUGCACCUCACGCAAAGAGCAACGCACCCAACGGUGCCCUGCCUACGCAUCCUGCAUAUAUUCCUCGGGUUGUCAGUCGUCUGCCUGAUCCCAGGUUACCUGCACCAUCCGGCCUCCGUAACGUCAAGACAAAUGUCCCCGACUCAUACGCCUUACAAACAUACCUUAAUGCCACUGGUAGCGAAGCUCGACGCACUACGGACACUCCAUCCGAGAGCGUGACAACUUCACACGCCGGCAGCCGUAACCCUUCUCCGGUUCCGCAACAAUAUGCUCCUGUCAACCCAUCAGCAUCAGUACCUCCACCACCGCCUGGGCCUCCACCAUCUUCUGAGCCGCAGAAGCCAAAGCUACCAAGUUUUGCAUUCCCUUCUCUUACUAAACUUUCGAUCCCCAAGAAGAAGACACCCCCUCAGCUUAAUUUGCUGGAGGCCACCCCUAUCUCCGCGGUCGACAAUGACCCCGGCCACGAGCUACGGAUCUCCAAGCCGCUUGCUGUUCUGGACCCAAGAUUUCAGGACAAACCUCUUGGGGGCGGACAAGUCCUGUCCCACGAGAUCCCAGCCGGAUUUAAUGAUGCGUACUUGAAGAGAAGGGAGGCUAACAUAUCUCCAAUGCUGAGUGGCAAUAGCCGUGUCUAUGGAUAA